ACGUUGCACUUGGACCAGUUGACUCCGCCCACUAACGAGCUCACCUGUUUCUCAUCAGCUCAUUAAAUCACAGCGGGACAAGACAAACAGGACUCUUCUCAGGAUUGAGAGAAAUAAGAAGAACAACAGUGGCAGUCGCUCAACUCCCGUGGCGCCUUUCGAGCAGGAGGAAGCUGAGGCUCUGUUUCAACUUUAAGAACGUUUUCCUGAAAGCAGAUUGAUUGAAGGUCGUAUUUCCCGAAAAGCAACAAACUUGAAAAUGACAUACAGAAGAGACAGAAGUAUACGGGAGGUGUAUGAAGACCGCUUUAUGCAAGAAAGGCCAGGUCCGUAUCCAAGGGCAGCCGGAGCCGUCGAGAGGAGAGGCCCGUUUGGCAGACCGGAGGAUGAGUACGGUCGAGGCGGGUACGAAUAUGAAGGAGGUCCCCGUUUUUACCCGAAUGGAGGCGGCCCUCGAGGUUUCCAUGACGAUCAGAGGGGCUACCAAGUGGAGGGCCACCACUUUCCUGAGCGCAGAGCAAUCCCACCAGCACGAAGGGAAGAUUUUCCCUACAGAGUACCGAGAGAAGACCCUCAUGCGGGACGAUCCUUGGAGUUUGGUGCUCGUGCACCUCCACCUCCCAGUGUGAGAAGCCAGGGCGUUUAUCCAGCUGCCAGAUCGCUGCCAGAAAGCGGGGAAGACACAUUAGUGCAAGCCAUCCGGAACCUGGACAGAGGGGAGGAAAGGGAUCCUUACAGGAGGAAGGCAGCCCUGUUUCCUCCCCUAAGAGAACGCUCCCCUGUCCGCCGCGACGUGGCCCGCUCCCCUCACAGUCGCUCUGGCUCCAGCGUGAGCAGCAGAGGCUACUCUCCAGACAGGGCAAAGAACCUGCCUUUUUCCACACAGCAAGGCAAGAAUUUGGACGGUCCAGAGAGUCACACAGGUGUUUCUGAGCACCUCUGGGGGGCGCUCUUUCCUCAGAGCGGACAUGACAUUUUGGGGUACGAAGAAACUUGUACUGAGUCCAAGAUUAUUGACAAAAUUCCUGGCUUGUCACGAGAAGGCUCCCCACAGAGUGCGACAUCAAACAAGGAGGAAAGUAAUCCUCCAGAGGCAGAAAAGGAGGAACCAGUCGUGGCUCCGGUCACUGAAGACGGCAAAAAGUCUACAGAGAACCUAGAAGAGAGGCGAACCAUGGCCAUCGCAGCCAAAGCCAAGGAGAUAGAAAAGGUCUACAGGCAGGAUUGCGAGACUUUCGGAAUGGUGGUCAAAAUGUUGGUGGCAAAGGAUCCCAGCUUGGAGAAGCAGCUGCAAGUCCCGCUCAGGGAGAACCUCGGGGAGAUACGCGAGCGCUGCCUGGAGGACCUCAAGCACUUCAUCAAAGAGCUGGACGAGGACGUCCGGUUUCCAGAACCCUCCGUCUGUGACUCUGUCACUCCUGCCAUGACCCAGAAACUCUUAAAAACCGGAGUGAACCACAGCUCAUCUUCUUUCUGAUGCGCUUCGUCUACGUCCGCUCCGAUUAAUGUGAGACUGAGGAUUUUUAUUUUAUUAUUAUUUUUUGGGGGGAUUAACGGCUGAGAUUUAGGAUUGCUGGACUUGAACAUACUGCAGGUCACAGCAACCUGAGGAACUCAUCACAGGAGCGAGCAGUGUUAUUUUUGAAUGGACCAUUUUUACCUUCAAGUUUUCUAUGAAAAAUAUAAAAACAUCAAAGUUGUUUUUUUGUUUAAAUAUUUAAACUACAAGUCCUCCAUGGCUCUUAUGAUGUUUAGUAUGGCAUUCAGUUUUGAAGCAUGAUCUCACAUUUUGAACGUUUUGUUUUCUGAUGUGUAACUUGAAUAAAUAUGUAUCACUCGGUGCUGCAAUAGACAGAAAUCAAGUCGUCGUAAAAAUUUGUACUGUUAAAAUAUUUGAAAUUGCCUUUCUCAAUCUGACAUUUCUGAAAAAGCAAAAUGCACAAAGCUUGACCAUUUUUAGAUAUUCCCAAAAUAUACUAAAAGUCAGAUCCAUCCGUCUUGCAAAGAUGUAAUCUUUCCCAUUAUGAAAAGUGGCUAAAAAGGAAAAAGGCAAAUUGUCUGUCAUAUGUUUGCAGAAUAGGAAGUCAGGGAUGUCUCCCCAUUUUGAAGUAGCAAGGAGAAAUUGUCUGUUUUUUUUUGUUUUGUUUUUUCUUGUUUUUUGUCCUGUUUGUAACUCCGCAACACAAGAAGUCAUGGAUCACUCAUGUAAAGUUUUUUGAUGAACCUGAUCAGCUUAAAAAACUAGAAAUUAAAGACACUACUUCAGUUCUGUGUCUUUAGAAGGA